AUGUCGAGAGGUAUAGCAAAGGUCUUUCUUAGAAAGUUUGUAAGAGUUCACGAGCUGCGACAAUCUAACCCGGAAGUCGGAGAAGUACUCCUGAUAACUGAAGAGGGUACCAACCGAAAGAUCUUCUAUCUAGUUACCAAGAAAGCUUCGUAUCAGAAACCGAAUUACGAAGAUGUUUGGAACGCUUUGUGUUCGCUUAGAGAAGUUUCUUGCCGAGGACCUGAGAAAACUGGCAAUACCUAA